UCGUCGUCUCACUCUCACCAGGCAGCAGAUCGAGCCCUGCCCUGCGCAGCGAGGGAAAGAGACACACACAGCACAGCGCCACCAGGCAAGUAGGAGUAAAAGGCAAAAGCACGGCACAUUAAAAGGGGAGGCCGGACCGGACCGGACCGGAGCCAAGCAGCAGCCGCAGCCGCAGCCGCAGCAGAGGAGAGAGAGAGAGAGAGAGAGAGAGAGAGAGAGAGAGAGAGAGAGAGAGAGAGAGAGAGAGAGAGAGCGGCAUAUAUGGCGAUGCCCUUUGCCUCCCUGUCGCCGGCAGCCGACCACCACCGCUCCUCCCCCAUCUUCCCCUUCUGCCGCUCCUCCCCUCUCUACUCGGCAGGGGAGGAGGCGGCGCAGCAGCAGCAGCAGCAGCAGCACGCGAUGAGCGGCGCGAGGUGGGCGGCGGCGAGGCCGGCGACCUUCACGGCGGCGCAGUACGAGGAGCUGGAGCAGCAGGCGCUCAUCUACAAGUACCUCGUCGCCGGCGUGCCCGUCCCGCCGGAUCUCCUCCUCCCCAUCCGCCGGGGCUUCGACUCCCUCGCCUCGCGCUUCUACCACCACCACGCCCUUGGGUACGGGUCCUACUUCGGGAAGAAGCUGGAUCCGGAGCCGGGGCGGUGCCGGCGGACGGACGGCAAGAAGUGGCGGUGCUCCAAGGAGGCCGCCCAGGACUCCAAGUACUGCGAGCGCCACAUGCACCGCGGCCGCAACCGUUCAAGAAAGCCUGUGGAAACGCAGCUCGUCUCCCACUCCCAGCAGCUGCAGCAGCAGGCCCCCGCCGCCGCGUUCCACGGCCACUCGCCGUACCCGGCGAUCGCCACUGGCGCCGGCGCGCCCGGCUCCUUCGCCCUGGGGUCUACUGCUCAGCUGCACAUGGAUAAUGCUGCUGCGCCUUACGCGACCGCUGGCGCCGCCGGGAACAAAGAUUUCAGGUAUUCUGCCUAUGGGUUUAGGACUUCGGCGAUGGAGGACCACAACCAGUUCAUCAGUGCGGCCAUGGACACCGCCAUGGACAACUACUCAUGGCGCCUGCUGCCGGCCCAGAACUCGUCCUUCUCACUCUCGAGCUACCCCAUGCUGAGCACCCUGAGCGACCUGGACCAGAGCGCGAUCUGCUCGCUGGCCAAGACGGAGAGGGAGCCGCUGUCCUUCUUCGGCGUGGGCGGCGGCUUCGACGACGACGAGUCGGCGGUGAAGCAGGAGAACCAGACGCUGCGGCCCUUCUUCGACGAGUGGCCCAAGGACAGGGACUCGUGGCCGGAGCUGCAGGACCAUGACUCCAACCACAACAAUGAGGCCUUCUCGGCCACCAAGCUGUCCAUCUCCAUCCCGGUGACCAGCUCCGAUUUCUCCACCACCGCCGGCUCCCGCUCGCCCCACGGUAUAUACUCCCGGUGAAGGUGAACGGCGUUGGCCGGCCUGAUCUCUGCUGAUUUGCCGAAGCUCUCUGGUAGUCUGGUCCACGACGGACGUCCUCAAAUCAUCACAGAUGAGUGAACCGAACCGACGACCCGGUCGAAUGUGUCUGUGAGCUGACCGCCGCUUUGUUUGCUUGCUUGCUCAUUUUGUAUGGAUGCUGCCUUAACUAUCAUCGUCGUGCAGCACGAACAAAACACUACUUCGUUAAUUUUCUUUCUUCAAUUUCACAACGUUUUGCUUGAUAUCCUGGGUUUUGAUUUGCCAUGUGUCGGCCGGAACUGUACGAAGUUAUCUAUAGCCUCGAUGGUCGUGCACGACAUCGUUGACUUUUCCCUCA